AUGGGAUUCCUUGAUGUGGUAGUCCCGCCUGAUUUCAUAGCCGAAGAAACUUCAAGUGAUGUCAUGAUACCUGAAGGUGGGACAGCCAAGUUGUCAUGUCGAGCUCGAGGUCAGCCCCGACCACGUAUAAUGUGGAGGAGAGAGGAUGGCUCUGAUAUUGUUAUACGGUUUUCAAAUGGCAGCAAAAGCAAAAUAGCUGUAUAUGAAGAUGAAAUCCUUACUCUGAAUAAAAUAUCCCGGUCUGAUAUGGGUGCCUACCUCUGUAUUGCAAGCAAUGGAGUCCCGCCAUCUGUAAGCAAGAGGAUGGUUGUUAAAGUGCACUUCCACCCAGUCAUUCAAGUCCCAAACCAGCUGGUAGGAGCGCCUCUCGGCACCGACGUCACUCUGGAGUGUUACGUCGAAUCCUCGCCUAGAUCCAUUAAUUACUGGGUUCGAGAUUCAAAUGAUAUGGUGAUAUCAUCCAGCAAGUACGAAGUGACGACUACAGUACUAAGUUCUUUUGAGAGCCGUAUGACAAUGGUGGUACGAGCCAUCACGGACCACGAUUUAGGAGGAUACAAGUGCAUAGCGAAGAACUCCCUGGGAGAAGUCGAUGGAUCCAUACGGCUUUAUGGAAUAACAAGAAAUGUUAUAAACAACUCUAGUCCAUCGAACAAGGGCGACGACUUCCCAACCCCAAUCGAGGGACCUGACAAUCAAUUUGGGUCAGCUGAACGAUCUGAUGAUGAAGACGAAGCUGUAACUGAUAUGUUUGAAAAUAUAACUCAAAAUUAUAAUAGAUCAUUAUACGACUCAACGCCUAAUUCUGUACAACAAAACGUAAGUAAUAAAAUCAAAAAGAUUAUGAGUAACUCGGAAACUAGUGUUAAUCAAAGUUCUAAUUUAAAGAUUAAGUCUACUUUACAAAUACUUGUUAGUUUAGUAUUUUACAUUACAAGGUAUUAA